AUGAGGUGUUUUUCUGCUGCUCUGUCAGGCUCCAAGUGCGACAAGCUCCAUUACACUGCUCCUAUAAGGCAGCAACUGAAGAGAGAAUCUUCCGACGAUUCGGCCGGUGACAACAACAACAGCAAUCAACAACAGCAGCAGGCAGGAGAGGGUGCUAACCCGAGGAAGAAGGCCAAGGGCCUAAGCAAGGCAGAGAUCGAGCGGAAGUUGGAUGAGGAAUGCAUAUUAGCAUGGGAAGCAGGGAAACUCAUGAAAAU